AUGCUCAGCGACUGCUAUUCUCGUUGGUCUGGUCGGAAACUGACAGAGACUAGCUAUGCGCCUUCCCAGGCCGACGUUGUGACCUUCAAGGCGGUUCCCAAGGAGCCCGCUGUGCAGAACUUCCCCCACGCCUACCGGUGGUACAACCACAUCAAGUCCUACGAGUCCGAGUUCGCCAGCCUCCCCGGCGACCCGGCCAAGGCGUUCACCACCUACGGCCCCGAGGCGGUCGCGGUUACCCAGAACCCCAAGGAUGCCCCUGAGGAUGACGAUGAGGUCGACCUGUUCGGCUCAGAUGACGAGGAGGAGGACGCGGAGGCUGUCGCCGAGCGUGAGCGCAGACUUGCCGAGUACAAGAAGAAGAAGGAGGGCAAGACCAAGCCCGCGGCCAAGUCUAUCGUCACCAUGGAUGUCAAGCCUUGGGACGAUGAGACUGAUAUGGAUGCCCUCGUUGCCAAUGUCAAGGCGAUUGAAUGGGAUGGUUUGACCUGGGGUGGCCACAAGCUUGUCGCCGUCGGCUAUGGCAUCAAGAAGCUACAGAUCAAUGUGGUCGUGGAAGACGAGAAGGUUUCCGUCGACGAUCUCCAGGCUCGCAUCGAAGAGGACGAGUAA